UACACAGUCGAUAGUGAUAUUGAAUCCUCUACAUACAGUCAGAUGUCAAUAGAUAGUGGAGGAUACCUAGUACCUGACCAAGGUGCACAUUCAUCAAGUCGACGGAAAACCUCCCGGAGUUACUCUAUCAUGCGACCUAUGGUUCCCCCGCCCGCCCCUCCCUCCUUCAACUCAUCCAUCUCAUCCAAUUCAUCCCUCACUACCUCACUCACCUACCAGACCAGUUCUAAUAGUGUUUAUUCAAACAGUAGCUCAGGAAGCAGUGAAUCUCGAGAAGAAAACUCCGACAGUCUUCUUCUUUGUGAUUCUUUAAAGGAGUUUUAUACUGGAUUUUGUAAUGGAGAAGACUCAUUAGAAUCCAACUCAGGACCCCUUGAGGAAACAUAUUCCAGCUCCUUGUUCCAAACUGAACCCUUGUACCAGUUCUACCACAGUACAGAUGUACAACAUCAAUACGAACCAGUACAAGGAACAUUAGGUGUACCAGAUGUAUGGGCUGUAAAGAAGAAAAGGAGUUCUGCAAUGUCUAUUAUUCUCAAUAGUACAGGACGUAGAACCCUUUGGGCAGAACUAUCGGAGGUUAAAGAAUCAGGAAUACUAAGAAGUAUGAAUGAAGCCGAGAAGAUUCUUCAAGAAUCCCUGUUUGAAGUUAUAUCGUCUGAAGCCUCCUACCUCAAAUCCUUAAAUAUUCUCAUCUCUCACUUCGUACAGUCUCCUACCCUCUCAGGUGAAACAGCUGUGAUAACUAAACGUGAACAAAGAAUACUCUUCUCUGAAGCUCUAUUGGUGAGAAGUUGCUCUGAGAGGUUCCUUUCCGACCUGGAGUCAGCGUGGCAGGAAUCCGUCCUACUCCAUGGUAUCCCAGAGAUAGUCAGAUACCACGCUAAAACACACUUCCAGGUUUAUGUGAAGUACUGUUCAAACCAGAUAUACCAGGACCGAAUGCUUAAAAAACUGAGGUUGGAGAAUCCUAAAUUUGUUGAAGCUUUAAAAGAAUUAGAAUCUAGUCAGAAGUGUCAGUCCCUUGCAAUGCACUCGUUCCUAAUGUUGCCGAUGCAACGUAUAACCCGGCUUCCACUACUCGCAGAAGCCGUGUUGAGUCGUCUUCCAUCAGACAGCGCACAGUUAACUGCAGCUAGGGAAGCUGUAAAUGUUCUGAAUGGUCUAGUAACAGAAUGCAACGAAUCUGCAAGAUCAAUGGAACGAAUGGAAGAAUUACUCCUCCUAUCUCAGCAGUUAGACUUCAGGGAUUUGAAAGCUGUUCCAAUAAUUUCUGCAUCAAGAUGGUUGGUGAAGAAGGGAAAUGUUACCAAGAUCUGUUUGAGGGAAGGCGGGGAGACCGCAAAGUUAACAUUUGGACGAAGAAUUCAAAAAUAUCAGUUGACACUGAUCCUGUUGACCGACCUACUCCUGGUUCUGAAGAAGAAGGGUGAAGAUAAAUACUCUGUACAGGACUAUUGUCCAAGAAAUAUGAUUCAGGUAAUGGAUAAUGAUGGAUUACCUGGAAUAUGCGAGGCUGGUAGUUUCCCGUUGUGGAUCACUCUGCUGCAGAAUAGUGAGAGUAGAACUCAGGAACUCCUCUUAUCCUUCAACUCUGCCAGUAACAGACGAGCCUGGGCUGAUCUUCUUACACCGCAACCUUCACAGAUUGCUGGAGAGAAGAUAUAUGAAGACUGGGAUUGUCCUAGAGUUGAAGCUAACACAAACUAUACUCCAGAGAAUGAGAAUGAGGUUGGGCUGGAGAAAGGAGAAGUGGCGAAUGUUCUUAAGAAAUCCCAAGGUAUGCUGUAUAUAGAACGGUGCAAGGAUGGUGUCCGGGGUUGGAUACCUAAUAAUACAACUAGGGAGAUAGAAUCAGAUCAUGUCAGGGCUAAAAACUUCAAGCAAAGAUAUAUAUUCCUGAAGGCCCUGGAAGAAUCUGAAUUGGUUUAAAAUUUUUAAAUACAAUCUAAUGUGAUAAAAUAUUUAUUGUUAUAUGUGUAAAAGUUGUAAAAAUAAAUAUAUUGUUCAAAUUCCUUUAGAUGGCAUUAGUUGGAAAAAUCCUU